CAGGACUCGUCUUUCACGUUCAGCUCGCGAGGAAAGUGAAAAUUUUAAAGAACUUACGAAAAAACCAAAAUUGCGAGUGGUUUUAAUCGAAAAAUUUUAUGUAACUGGUUUAGGGAUUAGCAAAGCAUAUAUUUUAUAGUUAGCUGACAUGUGGGAAUAGAAUCUGAAAGAGCUUCGAUAUAUAAAGGGUUUGUUCUGGUGGAAGUCAGCCGAAAGAAAGGCAAGGCAGGGGAUAGACAUUAGCAAUUAAGGUGAAGAAGGCAGUGGCAGAGACGGGUGACUUCGCAAACUCAGUACUGAGCCAGUCAUACAAGAAGACGACUAGGAAGUGGAAGUUGUGAAGGCUGUAGCCAACAGAUUUUUACACAGGGUCGUCGACUUGAAAUCUUUGAGGCUAGGCAAAGAACAAGUGAUCAAAGCAGGAAGUGUCAAACUCGUGCUGGGGCGAUUGGCGACACGAAGCGGUCUGAAAAAUUGAGCAACAACAAAUAGCAAGCAAGGACAGAACAAAGAAACUAUUUGACCACAUUGGCUAUUCAAUAGCCAAGUAACUUGGAUCGCACACGUAAAAUCUUGGCCUUUCAAAGCAAUGGAAGAUACUGGAAGUGCCAUUGUUGAAGAACAAAAACUUGCGGCUUCGCAAAAGUCGAAGAAAAGGCAAAGGAAUAAAAAGGCAAAUGGUAAGGGCUCCGCUGGCAGUUCUCAAAGUGAAAACUUACCUGAAGUUGCAGGCAGCGUUAGUAGCGAAGCCUUGAUCGCAGCCAAUGGAAUUACGGAAAAAUUAGAACAACAGUUACACAUUGCCGGCGAUGGAAUUCAAAUGAAUGGCGUGAAGGAGAAAUGCAUCAGUUCAGUUGAUAGCCAUGCUGUUCAAAACGGGCAUCACACAACCGCAAGCGAUAACACGAAUAGCACAGUGGCUGCGCAAAACACGCAGGCCGCACAGCAUAAGUCAUCACCCGAAAGUCCAGAGUGUGGAGCUUUGAAAAAAUCAAAGAGUAAAAAAACUAAUCGAAAUAAUUUAGAAAAUGAAAGUGAUGCGGCAUACCCAACCAGCGAUGAGCCAUCAUCAGCAGUAAUUUCAAGGCCUACGGAAGCUGUGAACAAUGGAGCGGAAGUAGCUAAAGCGCAGUUGAAAAACGGUUUCCACGGUUGCAUUAAUGAACAAAGUAAUGAAUUGCGUUGCGAAGAGUCACAGCAACAGUGUUCAUCAAUUGCGAUUCAAAAGCAAUCUGAGCUGACACAAGCACUGAUCAAAACCGAUGUGUUAACUUCGUCUGCAGUUUCGAGGGCGUUAGAGCAAAAAGCUGCAGUUUCAGCGUCAGACACCUGCCCAAAACAGGAACAAUUGUUGGCGACUAUAGCGCCACUCAAUAACGCUACAAAGGCUAACACAAACACUGCAAUACACAAUUCAAAUAGCACUGCCAAUCAGGAUGAAGAAAAUGCACAGCAAGCUAUUACUAUCCAUAAAACUAAUACUGAGAAAGAGUCGGUAGAAGAGCCAUCCCUAACUGGAGUGGAUACAGCACCCGCAUUAGAUUUGAGUAAUGUACAUAUUGAGUAUAAGGAAUAUGAAUCGGAGCUGCAAAUGCAUGACAUAAUGCGUUUGAUACAGGCUGAAUUGUCGGAGCCUUACUCCAUUUACACCUAUAGGUACUUCAUAUACAAUUGGCCGAAAUUAUGUUUCUUGGCAGCGCAUGGUAAUGAGUAUGUUGGUGCCAUAGUAUGCAAACUGGACAUGCAUAUGAAUGUUAGGCGUGGCUACAUAGCUAUGCUGGCGGUGCGCAAGGAAUAUAGGAAACUUAAAAUCGGCACAACACUGGUGCAAAAGGCAAUUGAGGCCAUGCUCGCUGACAAUGCCGACGAAGUUGUGCUGGAGACCGAAAUGCGUAAUGUACCCGCGUUGCGUUUAUAUGAGAACUUGGGCUUUGUUCGUGAUAAACGCUUGUUUCGUUACUAUUUAAAUGGUGUCGAUGCGUUGCGUUUAAAAUUAUGGUUUAGAUGAGAUUGUGUUUAGUUGAAAAUUCAUUGCCACAUUGCAUGCACACAUUAUAAAUAUUUUUAUUAUAUUAUAAUAAGUCUUAUGCAAAGCAAUUUCGGUUGAGACGUUAUUUUUCGCGUUUACAUGGACAUUUUGAUGCUAAUUAAAAAACGAAAAAACCGACCAAAAAGGACUAAAACCAAAACACAUUACGAAUAACGGAUGAACAAAAGUAAAUACAUGCUGUUUUAGAUUGUUUGAUUUCUUUUUUACUUUUAAUUAUGGCUUAUAAGCAACAAAGGGCUAAUGGAAAUGCGAAGACUCUGCCGAUUUCUCAACUUUCUUGUGUACUAUAAGUACAAUUCUCUUAAACUGAUUGAAUUUGUAAUGUUGUUUACUAACUAGCACUGGAUGAAGUUUUUUGUUCCAUAACAAAUUUCGCGAUGUACCUUUAAUUUUGGGUUUUCUUAGUCUCUUAAGUCUUAUAGCGAGGUUAAAAUAAUAAAAAAAAGAAUUGUAAGACAAAUUA